CACUGCAGAGAUAUAUUAUUGGGGGCUGGGCUGGGCUGGGCUGGGUUCUUUCUCAUCAUGUUUGAUAAUUCAUUUCAUUGUAAGAUGCCCAACGAAAAGGAAUCAAUCGGAAAAAGCAUCCCUUCCCUUUUUCUCUCUUUGUAAUAUUAUACUCACUCUCACUACUACUGUUGCUAUUGCUAACAAUCGUACUUGCUUUUAUAUAUACAUAACAUACAUACAUCCUUCUCUUCUCUCCCUAGCCAGCCAGCCAUCAGUUUCAGUGCCUUCUUCUUCUUUUCUCUUUCUACAAUGGGAAAGAAGAGCAACGGCAGCUCCCCGUCCUCAUGGUUGACCAUGGUCAAACGGGCUUUCAGGUCUCCGACCAAGCCCAAGAAGACCAGCCGCUGCAGAGAAGACUACGACGACCAGCUGCACGACGAGGAAGAUAAGAAGAGGGAGAAAAGGCGCUGGCUGUUCAGAAAGCUAAGCAGCAGCAAUGGCAGUCAAAACAAUGCCCCAGCAGCAGCAGUACUUCAGCAAGAUAGCAGCAGUGAAGAAAUCGGCACUACUACAGCUGCAAAGGAGCUGGAAGCGGCGGAACAGAGGAGGAGCGCGAUGGCGGUUGCGGCUGCCACCGCGGCGGCUGCUGAAGCCGCAGCUGUCACGGCGCAAGCCGCUGUGGAGAUGGCUCGGCUCACCAGCAGGCGGCCCGCGCCGCCGCCGAAACUUUUUGUUACGCAGCAGCAGCUUGACUACUGGGCUGCCGUCGUCAUCCAGAGUGCCGUCAGAGGCUACCUGGCGAGGAGAGCGCUGCGGGCACUGAGGGGGCUGGUGAAGCUACAGGCUCUGGUGCGAGGGCAUAAUGUGAGGAAGCAGGCCAAGCUGACGCUGAGGUGCAUGCAGGCGCUGGUCAGAGCUCAAGAACGGUUCGGGUUGGACCAGCAACGGUCUGGUCAGCUCUCACAUGAAGGCAGCUACAGAAGGAAGUCCAUGUUUGCUGAGUCCAAUCCCGCUGCUGCGUUCUGGGACCCCACGUGUCUUCACGACAUUCGUCACAGAAAGUCCAAGUCACGAGAUUUAAGCACAGUGCUAGAUGGCUGGGAGGAUCAUCUGCCAAGGAGAAGCGAGGAGGUUUCUGAUGGUAGAAAAGAAGCAGCGUUGAAGCGAGAGAAGGCGCUGGCUUAUGCUUUCUGCAACCAGAUAUGGAGGUCUGAAAGGAACCCCUGCGGAACAGGGGAAGAACAGGAAGAAGAAGAAGAAGAACAAGUGGCAGAGGCAGAGGACAGAGCAAGGUGGCUCGACCGCUGGAUGGCUACAAAGCAAUACUCUUCUUCCUCCACCACCAACAGAGCAGCGUCCCUUGACCGCAGAGACUCCAUCAAAACUCUUGAAAUCGACACCUCCAGACCCUACUCAUCAUACAAGCAACCAAACCCUCCUCCUCCGCAGUUCCCUCAUCGGAAUUCCGUGGCUUCUCCACUCCACAGAGCUUCCAGCUACCACCACACGGCGGGCCCACCAGUCACCCCAUCUCCCACCAGGCCCAGGCCAGUCCAGGUCCGUUCGGCAAGCCCACGCUGCCAGCCCAGAUGCUACUCCGCGGCCCAAACCCCUAACUUCGGGUCGAGGACAUCGGCAUCAUACUCCAGGUACUCAGGAGGAGCUGCCGCCGCUACUAACUCUGGAACUCCGAAUUACAUGGCGGCUACCGAAUCUGCCAAGGCUCGGAUCAGAUCCCAGAGUGCGCCCAGGAGUAGGCCUUCAACUCCCGAGCGAGACCGUGGGCUCGUUGGCACCGGGUCGGCUAAGAAACGGCUGUCGUACCCGGUUCCUGACCCGCACGGUGGCGGCGGUUACGGUGGAAGCAACAGCUUUAGCCAGAACCUGAGGACACCGAGUUUCAAGAGCAUGCACAAUUUCGGAUCCUAUUAUGCCAAUUCCUGUUAUACCGAAAGCAUUGGUGGCGAGAUCUCUCCAUGUUCCACCACUGAUCUUAGGUGGCUGAGAUGAUAUGAACUUUUAGGGGCUAAAGAGACGCAAGUGAUUAUUUUGCAAUGCAUCGAAUUGGGAUCUUGAUCUUAUGUUGGUUGAACAAACAUCCUGAAGAAUAUGAAACAUCAGACUUUGAAGCAGUCUACUACCUGUAAACAAACCAGCACAUCAUCCACAGUCCAAACUUAUGCAUGUAAUUAACCCUCAGUUACCUGAUUGACAUGGCAAGGAGCAGUCUGAAAUAUCAAGAAAGUAAGCCAGAGCUCAGAGGUGCUUCCUCGCUUCACUUUAGAGAAAGCAUAUUACACAAAGGCUCAAGGUCCACUGCUCCCACCACCUUAUCUAGCUUUUAUUACAAGCAAACCAUGUGCAUGUGCCUCUGCCCUUCUUUGAUCCACAUUCCACAAAGAAGAAGAACUGGGAUCGUUCUUCUCUUUCCCCACAAUUUAAAAUCUAGCCCCCCUUAUUUAAGUACUACUGCAUUUGAUUCUCAGAAGAAGUCAGAUCCAAGCCACCACUUUUUUUCCUUUCCCUGUUUACAAUAUACAUACAUAACAUAAUCACCAGACCCUUGCUCCCUUAAAACUAAAGAAAGCUUACCCAAUUGCCCCAACCCUCGAACAAAACACAAGAACAGAGGGAAAAGAAAGGAAGCAAUAGUUCCUCGACUACAACCCAGCAAGCAAACAAAUAGAACAAAAACCUCACCUGCCGGAAAAAUCUGUCCUGGCCAUGCAGUUGGAGGCAGGGGACAACAUCAAACGACUUGAAGUACUUAUUUCAUAGGUAAUAAUAACAAAACUUAAAUCAACUAAUGAUAAGGGUGUUGGUGGAUGAUCGAAUGGGGCUCCUCUGUUUCAACAAAAUCUUCAGCUGCGCCUUCUGGCACUCCAGCUUUGUCCCCCAUUGCCGGCUGCUGCUGUUCUUCGAUCCAACAACACUACUGCAUCGGACCACUCUCCGAAACUCCACGAAACCUUUGAUCCCUCGCCGUAUAUGUGGAUUCUCAAUCGCCCCAACCCCACUGCCACCAGCAAUUCCCCUGUCUCUGCUGCCACCACCAACCUCAUCCCACCACCACUUGUCACCGCCGAUAAUCAGCUUCCUGCAUUUCCCUGGCAGAUCCACAGCAGCUGCUUGGGAAUCACCGGUCACCGCCAGGCUGGUCGGAGGAGCUUCACCGUCGUUCCCUUUCUUUUCCUCCUCCUUCCCUCCCAACCCAAUUCCCCAAUGCUCCUCAAUUCCCUUCUCGUGGACGAGGCUCAGAAUCUCCGACAUCUUCUCCUCCCAGACAAUCCUGGCGUCGGAGAGCUUCAUCUGGACUCUCUCUUCCCUGAGCACCUCCGCCAUCCUCAGCAUCUUCCUCUCCUCCUCCAUCUCCCUCCUCAUCCGAUCCAUCUCCGCCGCAUCCGCCGACACUUUCCUGGCCAGAUUCUCGCAGACCCUCUCCAACGCUUCCUUCCCGCUCCUCUCCUCCGCCGCCUCCCUGGCCAGCCUCUUGUUCAGAGACUCCGCCUUCUUCCGCAGCUUCCGCUCGUAGUCCAGCUCAGCCUUGAGCUCCAUCACAGUCUGGUUCUCUUCCAUUUUGAAGAAAGUAAGAUCCCAGAAAGCAGUUGCAGCGCCGGUGCCACGAGAGCUAGCGCUGUGGCUCCGCUGUAAGGGAGGGCUCUUAUGGUGGUGAUGAGAAGAAGAAGAAUGGUAUGAAUUGCUAAUAAAGAAUGGGUUACGGUACAGCUUCCAGGUUGGGGAUGUGGGGAUGGGAUCAUCAUGGAGCAUUGAUGGAUCAUUCAUCCCAGUUUCGGAAUAAUUACUACUAAUACUACUGCUACUCACCAUCAUCAUUUGAACCUCUUGUUAUAUCACUUACCUCCUUCACCUCGUGGCUUUCUCGCUGGCUUUCCGCUUUCUCCAACUUCACUGUUCCCUGUCCUUCUUCUUCUUCCUGCCACUAAAAGGAAAUGUGGGUAGGCCCAUAUGUUAAACAAAAAUGAAUGACCUUUGCUUUGGAGAUGUGGAUCCUGAAAGAAGAAA